AUGACGCCUGUACCACCUCAGCCGGACUUAGGAUCCUCGUUUUACGACCUCCUUCUUCGCUCCCUGUACCCCACUGGCCAGGACUUCCGACCACGGUUCGAGCUGUUCGCGGACUUUCUACGAUUCCGCUAUGGACUCAUCGCGAGCCCCCAGAAGGACGCCCACCUCGCGUAUGACACCUACGGACCUGAAGCCCUGCGGAAAUUCUUCGGCUUGUUGGAGGAAGACAUGCCCAUGAUUGCCACCGAAACCUUCCAGUACGCCAGCGUCCUCGUGACAGCCCUUAUCAAAGACAAGGAACGUCCCUCAGCUCCUGGAUUUAUAUGGGACCUCAACCCCUCGUCGUCUGGACACCUCGGGAGAGCUCUUGGUUCUGGCUCCAUCCACUUGAGGCCUCAGAUUUUGAACGACGGGAAGUUGGUACGGAUUCGUUACGGCAACCCCGAUCCAUCCAGCCACUGGGAUCUGUUCGUCGAUUCCGUCACCUCUCUCGAAUUAUACAGGCGACGGUCACAUAUAUCCUCUGCUUUCGACGCUAUCGGCCUACUGUCUUCCCGCGGCACACAAUUCCUUAUCGCCUCCAAACUGCCGCAAGGCCAACAACACCAAUCGCAAGUUGUUGACUUUGACCCGGAUUUCCUCGGUCGGAGCGACCCCAAAGUUCGAAAGAACAAAUUCGAUUACGAAGCCUAUGAAAUCCGCGCGUCAGAACUUCUUGCACUCCCGCGGGGACGAGCGGCAAUACAGCGAGGUGGCAUCGUGUGGAGGAUUGCCAAAGAACUUCUCGGAGAAGAACGCACGGCCGACUUCCACCCUUCCGACGAUCUGUGGAGUUACGGUGCUGAGCACCACCGCCCUGGGCGAACAGCGGUGUACUCCGACAACCUCUCUCCAUACGAGCUGAAAAUAGUGUGCGGGGUUUACAAAGCCGAAGCAGGUGAGGUUUCGUGGUGGCCCACACCCGACCAGUGGGACAAAGGAGGAUAUAACGUUGGACGCUGGACGCCCUUCGCCGAAGAAUGGUUCCAGAUACGACUCGACAGGAUCAGAUGCAACGAGGAGACAGUCCGAUCGAGGGCUGAGUGGAAGCGAGGAAUCAAAGUCUCCUCUGGAGCAAUCAAGUUGCGAGACGCAGUCCAUGUCGCGAGCACCAUGUUCGUCACGAACGCACUUGCAGGUUGA